CUCUUUGCGCUUUCGUGUGUAAGGCGAACAGAGAUAGCCAUAAGGAUUUGAAUUGCUGGUUAAGAGCGCGACUCUUCGGAGAGAAUAGAACUUUGAAAUCCUAUCUCAGCUUGAACUGCGAAUCGCAGCUCGGCUACAACUAGCAGAAUCUGCCAGCGUUCAUUCUCUUUGGAUUGUGCCCUCCGUACGGUUAGGAAGCUCGCGGCCUUUGUACCUCUGCGCCUGUCGAUCAGUGUGUGUGUGAAGCUAGCAAAAAAAAAUCUAAAAAUGUCGGGCAAGAAAGCUGAUCCAUACGGAUUCGCCAAGGAUUUUCUGGCCGGCGGUAUCUCCGCUGCCGUUUCCAAAACGGCAGUAGCCCCAAUUGAACGUGUCAAGCUGUUACUGCAGGUGCAGGCUGCCUCUAAACAGAUUACCGUCGAUCAGCAGUACAAAGGUAUCGUCGAUUGCUUCGUUCGCAUACCAAAGGAACAAGGUGCGCUAGCUUUCUGGAGAGGUAACCUUGCCAAUGUGAUCCGGUAUUUCCCAACCCAGGCGCUAAACUUCGCCUUUAAGGAUGUCUACAAACAGAUCUUUUUGGGAGGUGUCGACAAAAAUACCCAGUUCUGGCGAUACUUCUUGGGAAAUCUCGGAUCGGGUGGUGCAGCAGGUGCCACAUCGCUCUGCUUCGUCUACCCACUCGAUUUUGCCCGUACUCGUCUCGGUGCGGACGUUGGUCGUGGGGCUGGUCAACGUGAAUACACUGGCCUGUUGGAUUGUCUGAAGAAGACCGUUAAAUCGGACGGUAUCGUUGGUCUGUACCGUGGCUUCAACGUUUCGGUACAAGGUAUCAUUAUCUAUCGUGCUGCCUACUUCGGCUGCUUCGAUACCGCAAAGGGAAUGCUGCCAGAUCCGAAGAAUACCUCCAUCUUCGUUUCAUGGGCCAUCGCUCAGGUUGUCACGACAGCAUCCGGUAUCAUCUCGUAUCCAUUUGACACCGUCAGAAGACGUAUGAUGAUGCAGUCUGGUCGUGCCAAGUCCGAAAUCAUGUACAAGAAUACUUUGGACUGCUGGGUCAAGAUCGGAAAACAGGAAGGCUCGAAAGCUUUCUUCAAGGGAGCUUUCUCAAACAUCCUUCGUGGUACUGGUGGUGCGCUGGUGCUUGUGUUCUACGAUGAGCUCAAGGCUUUGAUGGGUUAGGUUUAAGGCUAGCGAAAAACACACACAGCUGAAAAACUUCUAAAUCAAUUUAAGUGAAAAAAGCAGUAAAACAGUAAAAGUUAUUUAUUCAAAGUAAGAAAGAAACUCACAGACAAAAUCGCAAAUUGUGUUAGAAGUGACCAGUUCAGAAAUGAUAUUUCAAACUAAUAGGACAACAAGGUUGAUAAUGAUGUAAUACAUACAUUGAGACGAACAACGGUGCAAGUUUAUUUCAGAAGGAAACAGAUGACGACAACAGUACACAUUCCGUAUUUCCACACCAUCACACGGGUAAUGUGAAUAUGUGAUUUUGUUAUAUGAUGUCAUUUCAACCUAUAGCCCAAGUCUAGCAUGCAACCGAACUCGCGUCUCGAGUCAAACUAAAUGCGUUUUUAUUACUAUCACCAAUAAAAAACGCAGCGCCAUUUGGUGCAACUUUGCCGAUUGUUAAAGUUGCACAUAGUUUAACCGCAAUGCAACCAUGUGUAAAAUUAGCUUACAAUUCGAAGAUCGAUCAAUAAACAGGAAUAGAUACCUACAACUUGUGACGAAAUAA